UCCCCAUUUUAGUUCAAUUCAAAUAAAUACAUUCUGAUCCGACUCAACGUCCUCUGUUUCACUCUCCUAUGGAGGACGCUUUUGCUAGAUCUGUUCCUGAGGUUUUGGAAUUUUUUGGAGUUGAUCCAAGUAAAGGACUAACCGAUGUUCAGGUUACAAAUAAUGCUCGGAUAUAUGGAAGAAACGUGUUGCCCCAAGAAGAAAGUACUCCUUUUUGGAAAUUGGUUCUCAAGCAAUUUGAUGACUUGCUUGUUAAGAUUUUGAUUGCUGCUGCUGUUGUUUCAUUUCUUUUGGCACUGGUUAAUGGAGAAACAGGCUUAACAGCUUUUCUGGAGCCUUCUGUCAUCCUGAUGAUAUUGGCUGCAAAUGCUGCUGUAGGAGUAAUUACGGAAACAAAUGCUGAAAAAGCUUUAGAGGAGUUGCGUGCAUAUCAAGCUGACGUCGCAACCAUCAUGCGUAAUGGUUGUUUUUCCAUCCUCCCUGCAACAGAGUUAGUUCCAGGAGAUAUAGUGGAAGUUAGUGUGGGUUGCAAAAUUCCAGCAGACCUGAGAAUGAUUGAGUUGUUAAGUGAUCAAUUACGUGUUGAUCAAGCAAUUCUUACAGGUGAGAGUUCUUCAGUGGAAAAGGAGCUCGAGUCCACGUUAACAACUAAUGCAGUGUACCAAGACAAAACUAAUAUUCUCUUCUCGGGUACAGUAGUUGUUGCUGGUAGAGCAAGAGCUGUUGUUGUUGGAGUUGGCUCUAAUACUGCUAUGGGCAGCAUACGUGAUUCAAUGUUGAAAACCGAGGAUGAAGCAACCCCUCUCAAAAGGAAACUUGAUGAAUUUGGUACUUUCUUGGCCAAGGUCAUAGCUGGCAUCUGUAUAUUGGUGUGGAUUGUAAAUAUUGGUCAUUUUCGUGAUCCUGUCCACGGAGGAUUCUUUCAAGGUGCUGUUCACUACUUCAAGAUUGCUGUGGCGCUUGCUGUUGCUGCAAUUCCAGAAGGUCUUCCAGCUGUUGUUACAACUUGUUUGGCUCUUGGUACUAAAAGAAUGGCUCGUUUAAAUGCUAUCGUGAGAUCAUUGCCUUCUGUAGAAACUUUGGGCUGUACAACUGUGAUUUGCAGUGACAAAACUGGUACCUUGACAACUAAUAUGAUGUCAGUUUCAAAGAUAUGUGUGCUUCAAUCUGCCAGUCAUGGAGUUGUACCCGCAGAGUACACAGUUGGUGGUACUACCUAUGCACCUGAGGGUUCUAUUUUUGAUGCUAUUGGAAUGCAGCUUGAUUUUCCUGCUCAAUUCCCUUGUCUUCUCCACAUUGCAAUGUGUUCAGCUCUCUGUAAUGAGUCAACUAUACAAUACAAUCCUGACAAGAAAAUCUAUGAAAAAAUCGGCGAGUCAACUGAAGUGGCUCUUCGUAUAUUAGCAGAAAAGGUUGGCCUUCCUGGUUUUGAUUCUAUGCCAUCUUCUCUGAAUAUGCUGACCAAGCAUGAGCGUGCUUCAUACUGUAAUCAUUAUUGGGAGAACCAGUUCAAGAAGAUAUCACUUCUGGAAUUUUCUCGUGAUCGAAAGAUGAUGAGUGUUCUUUGUAGUAGAAAACAGAUUGAGAUUAUGUUCUCCAAAGGUGCCCCUGAGAGUAUUCUGUCAAGAUGCACAAGUAUUCUUUGCAAUGAUGAUGGUUCCAUUGUUCCUCUUACUCCAAUUAUUAGAGCUGAGCUGGAAUCCAGAUUUUCAAGCUUUGCAGGAAAAGAUACUUUAAGAUGUCUUGCACUUGCUUUAAAAAGGAUGCCCCCGGGUCAUCAGAACAUUUCCUUGGAUGACGAGAGAGAUCUUACAUUUAUUGGGUUGGUUGGAAUGCUUGAUCCACCAAGAGAGGAAGUAAGAAACGCAAUACUUGCAUGCAUGACAGCUGGCAUUCGUGUUAUGGUGGUGACAGGAGAUAACAAGACUACUGCAGAAUCAUUGUGCCGAAAGAUAGGCGCUUUCGAUCACUUGGAAGAUUUUGUGGGGCGAUCCUUCACUGCUUCUGAGUUUGAGAACCUUCCAGCUUCAGAAAAAACUACGGCGCUGCAACAGAUGACACUUUUUACUAGGGUUGAACCAUCUCACAAAAAGAUGCUAGUGGAAGCACUACAACAGCAAAAUGAAGUAGUUGCCAUGACUGGAGAUGGGGUGAAUGAUGCACCUGCAUUAAAAAAGGCAGACAUUGGCAUUGCUAUGGGAUCAGGAACAGCAGUUGCCAAGAGUGCUUCAGACAUGGUUUUGGCUGAUGACAAUUUCGCUACUAUUGUUGCAGCUGUUGCAGAAGGCAGAGCUAUAUACAAUAACACAAAGCAGUUCAUCAGAUAUAUGAUUUCUUCAAACAUUGGAGAAGUAGUUUGUAUCUUUGUUGCAGCUGUACUUGGAAUACCUGACACUCUUGUCCCUGUGCAACUUCUCUGGGUGAAUUUGGUUACAGAUGGAUUACCUGCCACAGCCAUUGGCUUCAAUAAACAAGAUUCAGAUGUUAUGAAGUCUAGGCCCCGGAAGGUUAAUGAAGCUGUUGUAUCUGGGUGGCUAUUUUUCCGUUAUUUAGUCAUUGGAGCUUAUGUUGGACUUGCAACUGUUGCUGGUUUCAUAUGGUGGUUUAUUUAUUCAGACACUGGUCCAAAAAUAGCAUAUAGCGAACUGAUGAAUUUUGACAGUUGUUUAAAACGUGAAACUACAUACCCUUGCAGUAUAUUUAGUGAUCGACACCCAUCAACUGUGGCAAUGACAGUGCUAGUUGUUGUUGAAAUGUUCAAUGCUCUGAACAAUCUUAGUGAAAAUCAGUCUCUUGUAGUUAUACCUCCAUGGAGUAAUCUAUGGCUUGUUGGUUCUGUUGGUGUGACUAUGCUACUUCACUGUCUCAUUUUGUAUGUGCAACCACUUUCAGUUCUUUUUUCUGUGGUGCCAUUAACUUGGGAUGAGUGGACUACUGUCUUGUAUUUAUCCUUUCCUGUUAUAAUUAUUGACGAGAUACUGAAGUUUUUCUCCCGGAACUCUAUUGGUAUGAGAUUAAAUCUGAGACUAAGGAGGAGAGCUGAUUUUCUCCCCAAAAGGGAAGUACGAGAUAAAUAGUAUUUCAGAUUUGAAGAUGAAGUUAUGCUCAGUGAUGUUCUUUGCAGUUCAAUGCAUCAGAACAAUUAGAUGCGUUGUUACAGGUUCAAUAUUAAAUAUACAUGGUCUAUAGAGAAGAGUGAUUAGAGGAAGCGUUCUGGUUUAGGUUAUAAGUAUGUUGUAACAGAACAUUUAAGUAUGGUAGAAUUAUUUAAAUGUUUAAGAGAACUCAUGAUAGUGCACAUAGCUUUUGGUUAAUCUAAUUUUGAUAGACUGGCUUCGUCUCCUGGAGCUGUUUCAAGUUCA